CAAAUAACUCGUUUAGACCACAGCACCCGCGGGGGCCGUGCAUACAUCGGCGACUCACGCUCCCUCUAAGGGUGGAUGUGUGUAUGUGUGUAUAUGUGCUUGUGUGCACUAGGAGGACAUUUCAUGGAGUGCCCUGCUGACUCGGCGGACCGCAGCUAGCAUAGUGACACGGUGGUAAUAUGAAGAAGCAGACGCUGUUCGUGUGAAACGGUCUGGCUGCGACGGCUGGAUUUGUCAUACAAGAUGGCCGCGAAUGCGGAGAAAGGAGAAGAAGCAAGAAGAUGGCUGUGAUGACGGCUUGAGACGACAUCGUGGCUCAGCAAAGAGAAAGGAGGAGAAGGAGGAAGAGAGGUGCGGGACGGGUUAAGAAGAGCGGCCGUUGAGCGUGUGUGCACCCACACGCCGCGGCCGCAUGCAGAAGAGAAAGAGCUUCAUCAUCACGAGGGCUCAGGCGAUGUUAUCGGAAGGUCCCCAGUCUUCCCGUUCCCUUCAAAUACGGUUCGGACUAGAGUCACGAAGAUUGCUGCCCUACUGGUAUCCCCGAAGUGCGUUAACAUUCCAGUAAUUAGCGAUAACACUGGAUUGGAGGUGUUAAGUUGAUUUGGUGUGACGUUUGGAAAAGGAAAAGGUGAAGCAGCAGCCACAACGGAAGAAGAAACACGAGAUAAGUCAAAAGAACGACGGGGGCAGGCGAAGCGGGAGUGUACGCGGACGGCUCCGUAUCACGUUGGAGAAGGUUUCACCACCAGAAAGACAGCGACAGCAGCAGGUAUCUCAUCUCCAUCAUAACCAACAGCAACAGCAGCAGGCUCCUGCGAGACACGCGGCUACGGCCGGCGGUAGCAGAAGCCGCGGAGCUGACGCGGCUUCCUGCGGUCUUGCUGGCGGUGGUCCCGCAAACCGCGAUGCCCUGGUAGCGAUGGUACCGGCAGGUCCAUCCUCCGCCUCCGUGGGCAAUUCAGAGCAACACCAGCAGCAGCAGCAACAGCAACAGCAACAGCAACAGCAACAGCAACAGCAACAGCAACAGCAACAGCAACAACAACAACAACAACCGAUGAACAACAACCACAACAAUCUUCGCAGCAUUGGCGAAUGGAAUCCGGUGCUGGCGGCGGGCGUUGUUGCCGGCAAUGGUGGUGCUGGCGGGGCUGGCGUCAGUGGUGCGGGAAGAGACAACAAUAAUGCUGCUGUGGCCGCAGCUGCCGCCGUUGCUGCAGCCGCUGUAGCCGCUGCACCGACAGCGGCAGCGGGUGGAGCUGGUGCUAAUGGUGCCAAUGGUGCGAACGGUGGUAAUGCUGCCAAUGCAGGGAACAACCCGGAAGAAUUCGAUCGAUUUAGCUUUGAGGACUCGGACCGGUUUGAAGAGGAUUCGCUGUGCAGCUGGAGCUCGGAGCCGGAAAGCGUGUGCAACAACUGGCGGGGCUGGAAGCGGCCGGUUGGCACUUCAAACGCGUUCGGCUUCAGCAGCAAUCGGCGCCAGAGCGAUGGUGAUCUAUCCUCGCUAACCGAGCUGGCGGCCCGGUGUGUCGCCACCUACAUUCCGUUCGAGCUGGUAGAGGAAUUGUAUCCGCCGGUGCCGGAGCAGAUGCAGCUGCGCAUCGCCUUCUGGAGCUUCCCGGACAACGAGGAGGACAUCCGGUUGUACUCCUGUCUGGCCAACAGCUCGGCCGACGAGUUUCAUCGGGGUGAGCAGCUGUUCAAGAACCGGGCCGUGAAGGAACCGCUGCAGAUUGGGUUUCACCUAUCGGCAACGGUCGUGCAGACUCAGCCGCGCAAGCAGUACAACGUAGCCGUCACGUUCGAUCGCCGGCGCAUCUCAUCCUGCAGUUGCACCUGCCUGCCGACCGCCUACUGGUGCUCACACGUUGUCGCAGUCUGCCUCUACAGGAUUCAUUGUCCGACGCAGGUGAGUCUCCGGGCACCUGUCUCGGAGUCGUUAUUGCGGCUGCAGCGCGACCAGCUGCAGAAGUUCGCCCAGUAUCUGAUCAGCGAGCUGUCACAGCAGAUUUUGCCAAUCGCGCAGCGCAUCCUGGACGAGCUGCUAAGCACGCAGCCGACCACGAUCAACACGGUAUGCGGGGCACCGGAUCCUACUGCUGGCGCCUCGGUCAACGACCAGACUAACUGGUACCUGGACGAGAAGACGCUGCACGACAACAUCAAGAAGAUUCUGAUUAAGUUCUGCCUACCGACGCCGAUGGUGUUCAGUGACGUUAACUACUUGACCAACUCAGCGCCACCAGCCGCUGCCGAGUGGAGUUCCCUACUGCGUCCUUUGCGAGGCCGUGAGCCGGAGGGCAUGUGGAACCUAUUAUCGAUUGUGCGCGAGAUGUACCGGCGGUGUGAUCGGAACGCGAUUCGGCUGCUGGAGAUCCUCACCGAGGAGGUGAUGGCGUGCGAUCAGAUACUUGUGUGGUGGUUUAACAUCAAGCUCGCGCUGCUUGUUGGCUCGAACGGUGGUCACGGUGGGGGCGGUGGUGGUAGCGGUGGCGGUAGCGGUGGCGGUGGCAAGCACGGGAACACACACAGUAACUCGAACGCGACGCAACACGCUUGUGCCUCGCUGUGCGACGAGAUCGUCGUGCUGUGGCGGCUGGCCGCCUUAAAUCCAGGCCUGGCGCCAGACGAGCGCGAUAUGCUGCACGCCCAAUUCACUACCUGGCACCUGAAAAUCCUGGAUCGGGUAGCGAAGAACAUGGUUGCAUCUUCGUCGCACAGCAGCAAGCAGCAGCAAAACAUGCGCAACGAUGCGGAGCUGUUUGCCGGCUUCAAGCCAGCCAUCGAGGCAUGUUACUUGGACUGGGAGGACUACCCGAUCGAGGGGGUGACGCAUACACAGGACACCAACCCCAUGUACCACUGCCCGUUUACGUGCUUCAAGCAGAACGCCGACUCAAAGCCGGAGACAGACCGGGGCCCUGGCCAGGUCAAUGUCAGUCAGGCACUGAUGCAGAGCAACGUGAAACAGUUUCAGCUAAUCCAACCGCACCAUAAUCACCAUCACCAUCACCAUCAUAGUUACCAUGGUCACUACCACCAUCAACAGCAGCAGCAACAGCGAACGGCGGUCAGUGGCGGCAACAGCAGCCUUCAACAGCAUUCACACGCUGCCACAGCAAUCAACUCCUCUUCCUGUCCCGGCGCACCGUUAGUGAUAGGGCGCAAUGUAGCUAAAGGAUCGGUAGCAGGUAACAGUACUGCUAGUGGUUCCACGACCUACCAGCAAAGGCAUCUAUCAGUCGCUGCUGCGGUCAACACCAACAAUUCCGCCGCUGGUCGGUCGAGCGGUGCCGUCAUAACGGUGGCUGAGCUACAUUCAGCCUCGACGCCACGCACAAGCCUAGAUCACAUUAGCAAAGGCAUUGAACCUGCAGCAACACUGAAACAACUGCCUCUCGGAGGAGGUACAGGAUCAACAACUGCUGCUGCUGGUGCUGUUGCUGCUGCAGUAACUGGUGUUUCGGAUCGUGACACUAGCAAUAAGAACCACCAUCAUCAUCCCCGGCGCGGACACCGUGAUCGUGGCACCUUUGGUUCAUCAAGCAACAGUAACAGCAACAACAGCAGCAGCGACAGUGUUCCCGAACGGCUACAACAAGCGGCCAUCGGCAUCGGAAUCGGCGCUACUGGACCGGGAGCAGGUACUUCUGGAGCGGGCGAUGCCGUCUCGGCAGCUCCUGGCGAAACUGGCAAUCGUUCCAGCGUCAGCAGCGAAGGGUUCUGCGAGAAUGAGGACGACCCGUUGCCAAACGACGAAAUGGCAACGAAGAGGCAAGGUGUGCCGAGUUCGGGGGUGGCCGAUGGUUCCGGAGAAGAUGUUGCUGGUAGUUCGGAGCCGGCACCCACCAACCUCAGCAUGCUGAGCGUCAGCAACUCAUCUACUGCCAGCUCUUCCGCAUCGUCUUCGUCUACAUCUAGCUCGGCGUCGAGCAGUGGCUCGGUGGCAGCUGAUCUGCCGAAGAAGGAGGCUAAAUUAUCCGCCGGAGAAGUAGAAAUUGCCUCCACGAGCGAUUCGAGCAACGAGAACAGCAUUCUAAACGACAUGAACAACUACGAGAUCUCGGGUAACGCCAAACUGUACGAAGUACUCAACAUGGUCGAGCAGCAUCAACAGGCAGUAGUAGUGGAGGAAGAGAACAAGUCUAAUGCUUGCUCCACUGCCGCCAAGCGUCGCAACAGUGCCAAACAGCAGCAACAGCACCACCACCACCAUCAUCAACAGCAACAACAACAACAACAGGAGGGACCGGGCAGUGGACAAGAGAGGCAGCCAUCUUCUUCCUCCCUGCAAUUAGGGCCAAAGGCAGGGCAAGAUGAUGGUAAGAAGGAAGCAGCUGCGAGCUCAAGUGCUGCUAAUGAAAGCUCGGCGGUCCAGGCACCAACCACUGGCGCUGGUGGUACUGUCUCGCAGCCACAGAAAGCCUCUCGCAAUCAUGCAGGGGCUGGUUCGACGUCCACGGAACCGAAGGCCCAUCAGCAACAGCAGCAACAAGUGUUUUCGAACCUGAAGCCGUCAGAGGAUGCAUGGGAUAUAUUGUUUGCACGGGCGGAAGGGCUGCACGCGCAUGGGCACGGCCGUGAGGCGUGUACGCUAGGUGUGCGUCUAGCGGAGGAGAUGUUGGCAAAUCCGCCAAACCUGAUGAUCGAUCUACCACCGCCGCCGAAAAAGAAGGGCAAAAAGCACAACGUCAACCCCAUCUCGCACCAGUUGAGCGUGCUGGCAUCGGCCACGUUGUCCAAGUGUGCCUUUCUUUGCACGGUGCUGGCUGAGAACUCGGAGCACUACCAUCUAGCAUUCCGUGUGUGCAUCUUCGGUCUUGAGCUGUGUCGGCCACCGGCCAGUACGAAGCCGCUUGAGGUGAAACUGGCGAACCAGGAGUCCGAUCUACUGGCACUGCUCAAGCGGAUCCCGCUCGGUGGUGCCGAGCUGCGCAUGAUCCGCGAGCGGGCCGAGCAGCUACGCGACGGUACGCUGAAGGCGCGUGGCGAAGCCUUGCUCCCGAUUAUGCUAGCAAGCUUCAUCUUCGAUGCGUUGGUGAUGCCAUCGGUGGUUGGCCGCGAAAACCGUAUGAAGGUGAUGAGCAGCCCGCACCGGCUGCCGACGGACGAAAACCUAGGCUUCGAGGCAGCCGUCGCAUCACUGGGACUGAAGGCGAACGUGUCGGAGGCGGAGCAUCCUUUGCUGUGUGAAGGCACGCGCCGGCAACGGGGCGACCUGGCGCUUAUGCUGCUCGCCUACUACAAGGACGAACCGCGCAAGAUCUGUCGCAUCAUGGAGAAACUGCUAGACCGUGACAUUCACGUACUCAUCAAGACACCGCUCAUGCCCUCGUACUACUCCAACAAUCCGCCGACUCGCAGCCAGACUUCUCAGUUGCUUCGGCUGGACGAGUAUGGCGAUGGCGGCAAUGGAGGAGGACAUUCCUAUCAUCAUUUGGCUAGUGGAAGGGGCAAUGGUGGCGGUGGUAGUAGUAGUAGCGCUGGCAGUGGCGAUCAGCCAGCAUCAUCUGGUACUGGUGGCGCAGGCAGCUACAUGCUCGGGCAGCCAGACUACCCGCUAGCCAGCAACAGUCGUCCACAGAGCAGCACCAGUGCCGAGGCAGCCGAGCUUAACCUUAGUGGACUCAGUAUUAGUGGCAGUAAUGCUCCUGCCGCCAACGCCUCCUCUUCUUCCUCAGCGAACGUGCUGCCACCAACGACGGCCACCCAACAGAGCCAGGCCGGCCAAACCAGCACCACGACCAGUACUAGCACGUCGACCGGUGGCACUGCGUCAGGUGUAACUCCAUCAUCGACCGGCACAUCGUCGGGUGCUGUUACGACGACACGGUCGAAAGACUCACGCUACAAGGGCAAGCGGGCGUACCCGUCCAUCCCGAAUCAGCCAUCUGAGGCGAGCGCACACUUCAUGUUCGAGCUCGCCAAAAACGUAUUGACGAAGGCAGGCGGUACAUCGUCGACCUCGUUGUUUACACAGGCAUCCACCAGCCAGAAUCAUCAGGGCCCGCAUCGUGGUCUACACAUGUGCGCCUUUCAGCUCGGUCUGUACGCGCUCGGACUGCACAACUGCGUUAGCUCCAACUGGUUGUCCCGCACCUACUCAUCGCACGUGUCCUGGAUCAUCGGACAGGCGAUGGACAUCGGGGCACCGGCGAUCUCCUUUCUUAUCGACACAUGGGAGGGUCACUUAACGCCACCUGAGGCAGCUGGCAUGGCUGAUCGGGCGUCAUCGCGCGGUUGGGACAGCAACAUGGUGAAUCCAGCGGCCGAGCUAGCUCUGUCCGUCUUACCGCACGCGGCCGCCCUCAACCCGAACGAGAUCCAGCGUGCAAUUCUGCAGUGCAAAGAGCAGAGCGAGCGGAUGCUCGAACGAGCCUGCAUCACGGUUGAGAACGCGGCCAAAGGUGGUGGGGUGUAUCCGGAGGUAUUGUUUCAGGUGUCACGCUACUGGUACGAUCUGUUUCUGCGCAACACGCCCGGCGGCGAGCUGGAUCCUCCGCCCGAUGAUCAACACCACGAUCACUUCAAUGUCAACUUCAUGGCACUGAUGGAUGCCGGUGAACUGUCCGGACAGGGCCAGCAGCAACAGCAGCAACAGGGUAUUGUACCACAAGCGCCACCUCAACAGCAACAGCAACAACCACCUGGCACAGGACCGCCGCCGCAACCGCCGGUUGUUGUAGGUCAACCUGCACCACCGGCACAACCGUAUCAGGCGGGUGUAGCUGCCCUGGCACCAAUCGGUCUCUCCCCGUACGGUUACGCCUAUCCGCAGGGCACGCUAUACCAUCAGAGCCAUCUCGCAUAUCCGGCGGCUGCUGCUGCAGCUGUCGCGGCAGCAGCCAACGCUGCCAAGCAGCAAAUGCACCCGAUGUACCUCUCGACACCGCCACAAUUCCAGUAUCCGCCACCUGCGCCACCGCAUCCUGGAUCGGGACACGCAGGUCAACCACAGGGAAUGGGACCACCUGGAGUACCCCAGGGCGGUGGCCCCCAGCCGCCACAGCAACAACAGCCGCAGCAAUCAGCUGUCGGUGGCUACCAGCAGCAGCAACAGCCGCUAGGACCCCCAGGCCCAUACCAACUAAUGCAAUCAUUACAGCCAGGGCCGCCACCACCACUGCAGGGUUACGGGACGCCGUCCUUGCAGUAUCCCGUACCCGUUGGCGCCGGACCUCCUUCGCAGUUCUAUGGUCCGGGAGGUCCUCAGGCUCCGCAGCCGGGGCCACCACAGUCUCAGCAGCAUCCUGGAGUAGGAGGCCCUGGUCCCGUACCGCCACAGCAACAACAGCUCGUCAGUGGUGCCGGUCCGCAAGGAGUAGUACCCGGUGGCUGUGGCCAACCGCAAGCUUCGCCGCAACAACCGCAGCCCAUGGGUGGCCCGGGCGGUAUGCGACCACAGUCACUUCCAUCAUUACCGGGUGCUGGAAUUCCACCACCAUACGGUCCAUCCUCGUUUCCACUCGGCCCACACCCACCUCAAAGCAGCGGUGGCGUUGGUACCGGUGGAUCCUCGGUCAGCUCCGGUGGUACCAGUGGUGGUCAGGUGCGCGCCCGUCAUCCCCAUCAGUUCACAGCGACCCAACUACGCUAUCUGCUAGCAACCUACAACGCGGGCAUGCUCGCGCUCGAAACGCUCGCCCGCCGCGUGCACGAUGAUCGACCGCAAGCGAAGUACGCUCGCAAUCCACCGUACGGUGAAGACGUCAAAUGGCUGCUCGGUAUCUCCAAGAAGCUUGGCACCCAGUACCUACAUCAGUUUUGCAUCUGCGUCGUCAAUUCAAUCGUUAGCCCGUUCGUGCUACACGAGGUCGCCAUCGACUCAGCGCUCUAUCUCGCCCGCAACAAUCCGGCCCUCGUGAUGCAGCAUCUGCGAUCGGCAUUGACGCCGUUGAUGAACAAGUGUCAAAACAUGUACUUCCAGUGCAUUCACCAGAAGCUCUAUCACCUGACGGUACAGGAUUAUGAGGACUUUACCAGCACGAUUCUAUCGGCCCGAAACGCAUUUACGAUCACGCCUGAGGGUAGCGCUCAGUUUAAAGAUUGGUUGCAAUCGAUCAAGCGGUCAAAAUCUUGCAAGAAGGAGCUGUGGACGCAGAUCAAUGCAGCGCUCAACUCCAAAUGACAAAGACUCGACUCGAUCGGUGCGGAGCUGAACCUCGUCCUGGCAGCCACAACGUCCACUAGUAACCCCAGCGCAACUGCCGCUGCCGCAUCUACCACCGCUAGCAAUGGCGCCAGUAGUAGUAGCAACGAGUGUACCGGU